GUUCCUAAAUAUAAGCAAAUGGUUUUAUUUUUGUUCCAAAAGACGCAGGUUCUUCGGCUGUUGCUCCCCUGUUUAUUUAUAAUGUUAUUUAUAAUGACAAACGUAAUGAACAAUUGAUGUUCCGUUUAUAUUAAUUAUAGCUCGGUUCCCACCUUGACAAGAACCAUGGUCGUAAAUUACGGGGGGUAGGAGGGUUGUAACUCUCCCCUCCCCCAGUGUUCGAACCAACGUUGCGCCUUUGGAACCUCAAGUCGUUUGCUGUACGCAAGACCCUAUGGCAGGAAAGCAAACUCAACUUCUCGUCACUGUUGAGUAAAUUGGGACGGGCGUUAACUGAGCGGUUGAAUUCUCAGAAAAGACUAUUGCAAAUUUUAAUAUUAAUACGUUUAAAUCGUUGUGCAGUUUUAUUGGAUGUUUUCUCUAAGCGCUCGCUUCUAGCCAAUGAUAACGGGCAGAGCCACGGAAUGGGCGGUUCAUCAAAUGUAAACUUGAAACAGCAACAAACUUUUGAGUGCAGUUAGUACGUCGCACGCCAUCCACGCCGAGAAUCCGCCGAGAACCGGCGACUGCAGAGCUCUUGUUUCGGUUGUGGAUUUUCAGUGUAAUUUAAACCGGUUUUCGUUGUGGAUUAUAAUUAUUAAUCUAGAAAGUCUAAGAGGCACUGGGAAUUUUUUAUUUUACUUUUUGGUAUCAUUUUGAACAUUCGAUUUGAAAAAUGUUGGACAAGCGUAUGGAUGACCUGUACCUGCGCCAGGUUAACGACGUAAAGGAAAAAAAUGUGGCGAAGGAACCCUUCGAGAAAAUAUACCAGAUGGGAGCCCUUCUUGGGAGCGGGGGCUUCGGGUCGGUCUUCGCCGGCCAGCGUAUCUCAGACGGUUUGUCUGUGGCUAUAAAGCAAGUGUCAAAUGACUGGCCCAAUGAACCUAAUGUGGUUCCCAUGGAGAUCGCCCUUCUUCUGCAGCUGAGUGGGGGGCAGAUGUCCGGCCCUGUGCACCGUGGGGUGAUUCGGAUGCUGGAUUGGUUUGAAAAGCCAGGGGAAGGCUUCCUGAUUGUGUUUGAGAGACCACAGCCAUGUCAGGAUCUGUUUGACUUCAUCACAGAGCACGGGGCCUUGGAGGAGCCACUUGCACAGAGGUUCAUGAAGCAGAUAGUGGAGGCUCUUCAGUUCUGCCAUUCAAGGGGUAUCGUACACAGAGAUGUAAAGGAUGAAAAUAUAUUGGUGGACACUCGUACCGGAGACCUCAAGAUCAUUGACUUUGGAGCUGCGGCCUUGCUCAGAGAUACUGUCUAUACAGACUAUCAAGGAACUAGAGUAUACAGUCCCCCAGAGUGGAUAAUGCAUCACUGUUACCAUGCAGGGCCUCUGACCGUCUGGUCUUUGGGGGUGCUGUUGUUUGACAUGGUCUGCGGUGACAUUCCCUUUGACAGCGAGAGACAGAUUGUGCAGGCGAAACCCAGUUUCACAAAGCGAAUAACCAAGGAAUGCCAGGAUCUGAUUUGCUGGUGCCUGAAAUUCCGACCUGAAGAUAGGCCAACCUUCGAUCAGAUAUUGUGUCAUCCUUGGAUGGAGAUGUCAGAUGACUGUGGAGAUUUGCAAGAAGGACAGAGUCUCAUGUCAAGCCAGUCAAGCCUAUGAAGUAUUUUUCUAAUGGCUUAAGGAAGCUUCAACUGUCUAAGUAGUUCUCACUCUGAUUUAUUGAUUCACUGUUUCUCCCCUGGAGUAUUUACUUUAAAUUUCAUUGAAAAGUCAGCUGUAGAUAAUAAAGAUAUAACAUUAUUUAAGCUCUUUUAGAUGUUCAAGAAAACACUGACGGUACUAUGACUGUGCAAAAAAGUUGGAAUUUAUGGUAUGGGGGAAGAAAUUCAAAAGGAUAAGUAUCACAGGCAGAGGAAAUUUGUUUUAGUUGUUAAAACUUAAUAUUUUCUCUGGCAACAUAAUGUCACAUCAGGUAUAACUUGUGUUUACUGGCUACUAUUUAUACAUAUUUAUAUGAAUUUAAUGGUCAUGUUGAAGUUUCUGAUACCAGUGAAUGUCUUAAAUGCCUCAAAAUAGACUGGAAAUACUUGUAUAUGAUUUAUUUAAAAUUACUCUCAUGUUUGGACCUGGUUUUACAGGUUAUUUAAAACAAUAUUCUUUAAUACCUCAAAGAGGGGAAACGUAAGCAUCAUAUUUUUUAAUAUAAUGUUCCAUCUGAGGAUUUGAGAAAAUGAUGAUGCUGAAGUGGAGUAGCACAUUUAGACUUUGCAAAAGUCUGGGACCGAAAUUCUAUAGACUUGCAGUCUUGUAUUUUUCCAAUGGUCUCUUACAGAGCUUGGUAUAAAACGCCAUUUUAUAUUGUGAGGAAAUCUGUUUUACUGUUACAUUCCUGGAGGCAUAAAUGCAAUCAUCUCCAUCAAGGAAAUGAUUCGGUUUUCCCCACUCAGGUGAAUAUUAAAUGUUUAUAAAGAGAACCAGAAUCUGUUUUGUCACCUACUCUCUGAAACACUCCCUUAUACUUCAGCCAGUUUCAGUCAACCAUAGACUGGGUGAAAUACUUUUCUGAGCUGUUUUGUAGAUGCUGGUCAUUCUGGGCCAAAUCAGUCUAACAUAUUUCAUUUUCUUUCUUUUUUUUGAUAAUGUGGUGAUAUAUUCAAUUGCUUCUUGUUUUCUAGUUGUUUGAUGUAUUCUUCAUGAAUUAAACUUGGGAUAGAAUUAUGUUUUAAACUAAACUGUAACAUUAGUUUCACACCUUUCUGAAACAGAAAUAUCUUACAUACAGCAUCCUUUUUCGUUAUGUGGUGGUACUUACCACUUGGAAUCUUUUGCUUCAGUUGAUGUGCUAAAACCAUGUUGUUUCUUGCAUUUUAAGUUUAUGAUAACAAUGGUUUUGCAGUUUCAUUUGUUGCACUGAUUUCCAGUGAAAACGUAUCUGAACAGCUUUUUGACACUGAACCUUUGGCAAGGAGAUUUGACAAUUCCACUAUCACACUUUUUAAUUUAUUUUUUAUAAUAAUCCUGCUUUAUUGGCUGGGGUUGGUACACCUUUGUGAUGUAAAUACUUAUGUAUUGUUCUGUAUGUGGCAGUAGCCACAUUUUUUGUGUUUUUAAUAACAGAUAAUUCAGAGAUACGACUGUGUGAAUGUUUUGCUAUUUAUUAAAAUGAUUCAUAAUUUUAUUGAUCGCUGAAUGUUAAUAAAGUCUACCAAAAAUC